GAAGAUGGUGAUGAUGAUUAUAUCACUGGGGCUUCUCUUUGUUGGACUUGGUAUGACAUCAGCUGCUGCUGGCCCAGGCAGCUGUGUGGGUCGAUGCGGUGAGGUUUUCAACAGAGGCUGGCAGUGUAAGUGUGACUUCAGCUGCCUGCAACAUAAUGAGUGCUGCCAGGACUUUGAGGCUACAUGUACCAUCGCACAGUCGUGUCAGGGUCGCUGUGGUGAGGUCUUCCGACGUGGUAAGCUGUGCGAAUGUGAUCCACUGUGUGUCCUCUACAACACCUGUUGCCAUGACUACAAAUUGAACUGCAACGCCACAGUGCCACUCUCACCAGAGUCAUAUCGUAGCAGGUUCCAGUCUCUAAGGGCCACAGCUUCAGGAAAGCGGAAAUCACAGAGGAACAGGAAAUCCUCCAAUAGUGAGAGUGAGGAAUAUUUCACAGGUGUGAGUAGCAUGCCUGUUGGCCUGCUGCCUGUGAUAGUCCCUUCCUCUCACAGCAGAGCUCCAUACUCACCAGCACCUGGCUCAUCUCUGCCCAUCAAUAAUGCUCCGUCUCUGGGCAGUGGUGCUCCAGUGAGUCCCCUGGCUCAUGGAGCUGUUGGCAGUAAACUGGAUGCCCAGCUUGUGUUGUCCCCUGGGGGAGCUGCUUCAUCUAUGCUUAGUCAAGGUUCCAGACCCAGCACUCUUCAAGAUGUAUUACAGGGCUUGGGGCAUGGAGGAUCUGAAGGACCAGGAACAGCUUCUUCUAAAUUACAUAAAAAUGUAUGUGUGCGUGCAGGGGUCUUUGCUGAUGUCGACCUAUGCAGCCAUUCUCCCAUCAAUGGACUGACAGCGCUCAUUAACGGGACCAUUCUGAUAUUUAAAGGUGAGUUAUUCUGGUCCGUUGAUCCCAUCAGCCGCUCUGUGGGUCAGCCACAAAGUAUCACAGACACUUUGGGCAUCUCAUCUCCCAUCGACACCAUCUUCACACGUGCCAACUGCCAAGGACACACCUACAUUAUCAAGGGGGACCAGUACUGGCGUUUAGAUGGGAACAUGGUGAUGGAGCCGGGUUACCCCAAACCUCUGGUCUCAGAAUUCCCUGGUUUGACAGGACACAUCAGUGCUGCACUGGCAGUGCCGGCCACCAGGAGCAAACCAGAAACUGUGUACUUCUUUAAGAAUGGAGAAAUUUUGCAGAGCUUCACAUUCCCACCAGACAGCAUUCCUUCCUGCAGCAAGAAACCAAGAAAUUCCAUGAAUACUGGAGUUCUUCUGGGUGGAGAGAUCAACAUCAAAGUGUCUCUGAAGGGAUUCCCCACCCCCAUCACCUCUGCUCUGUCCAUGACCAGCCCUCAGGGGAGCAGCAGAUACCAUCACUACGUCUUCUCUGGACCUCUCUUCUUCAGCGUCCAGAUUUCGGGUGACCUGCCAGUGCUGACCAAGCCUGAUCCAUCUGCAUCCUUUGCACCUUUGCCCAUCCACAGCCAAACUACUGUGGCAACCAGUUCUGCAAACAUGGCUGGCCAGAACACGGUCCUUCCCCAGCCAGCCAACUCUAUCAGAGUUUGGCUGCGCUGUCCUUAGGAAAGUCCUGCAGGGGACCUGUUGUUGUGUUUUCUUUGUUAACACGCAAAAAAAAGCCUCAUAAUAAAUACGUCUGCUGCUGAUUUUCCUCAUACAUUAAUAUGACAUUUAUAAUAUCUGGAAGGGUCAAAUAAAUACCAUCACAAAUUUUUACAGUCUACACAUGUUAACCAUACGAGUGUAUAUCCAGCACAACACCACAUAUUCUAUAGUGGGUUUAAGUUAUUCUACCCAUCAUGAACUGCAACAUAACCUUUAAGGAUUAUCUAAAGCCAGCCCACAGUUUGAGGAAAAAGAAGUGUAAUUCACAGCUAUUUUCAUUAAAAGUGGAUUCCAGUGAU